AGUUCAACACAUUUCAAAAUGUUCGCAAAGAUCGUUAUCUUCUGCGCUGCCGUUGCAGCAGCCCAUGCUUCCCUCAUUGGGCCACUCGGAUUGGGAGCACCUGUUCUAGCUGCUGGACCCUUAGGUAUCGGAAAAGGACUGAUUGCCGCUGCUCCAGCAACCGCCACCGUUUCUAGCCAAAGAACCGCCAUCAACCACGUUGCCCCUGCAGGUGCUGCUUCUCUUGGAUAUGGUGCUCCCAUUGCUGCCGCUGCACCCAUCGCCCUCGCCAACGGACUUGUAGCCGGCAAUGGUGUCAUCGCCGGUAAUGGAAUCCUCGCAAACGGUCUUGCUGCUCCCGUUGCCACAGUCUCCACACAAAGAACCGCCAUCAACCACGUUGCCCCUGCAGGUGCUGCUUCUCUUGGAUAUGGUGCUCCCAUCGCCCUCGCCAACGGACUUGUAGCUGGCAAUGGUGUCAUCGCUGGUAAUGGAAUCCUCGUCAAUGGUCUUGUUGCUCCCGUUGCCACAGCCUCCACCCAAAGAACCGCUAUCAACCACGUAGCUCCAGCCGCCCAAAUUGCCGCUCCCAUUGCUGCUGCUGCACCCAUCACUCUUGCUAACGGACUUGUCGCUGGUAAUGGUCUCCUUGCCAAUGGUGUCAUCGCAGGUAAUGGAAUUCUCGCCAACGGGCUCGUUGCUGGCCACGGUCUUGCUGCUCCCCUCGCCACUGGACAUGGUCUUCUCGGAGCCCCGUACGGUCUUGCAGUCGGAAAGCUUGGAGUUGCUGCACCCCUCGGUCUUGGCCUUGGAAAAGCCAUCUUGUAAACAGUUAUGUA